AUGGAUAAAAAUCCAAACUGUAACAAAACCGACAAUAAUGAAAUGGAGUCGCUCAAAGAAAGCUCUACAAAGAUCAAAAACAAAAAUCGUGGGAAAAAACGAAAGCGAAGACCCAGUGACAGCAGCAGUGAAUAUGAAGAAGUUUUACCAGAAAAUGCAUUGGAAAUAGAGAACAAUCUACAUGCUUCGGCUGUUAAAAAUAACUUAGAUGAAAUAAGUGUUAGAAAAAUUUUAAAGAAAGUAGUAACAAAUGACCAUGUGCUAGCUCUGGUAAAACUUCGUGAGGAAGAAGAGGACUCUGGGCCAGAGGAGAGCAGUUUGCGUCCAAAACUUACCAGGGCUAAGGUUAAGGAGUUAAUGAAAGUUUCCCCAAAAGCAGCCCCAUGGAACUUGGAAAACUUGGAACUGACACCUAUAAAACACAUUCCAGUCAAAACCAGACCAGAAGUUAAGGCUUUAAUAGCCCAGGAACUGCCAGAUGAUGAAGAUGACGAGGAAUAUGAACCUACUCAUGAUGAUAUACCAAGUGAUGAUGACCAAGGAUUGGAAUCAUGUAGUGACGUAGACUCCCAGCCUCGAACGCCGGCGACUCCCAAAAGUUUGCAUUCAGCCAGCCCCAAAGUAGUCAAAGAUGGGCCGUUUAAAGUGCCACAGGAAGUUUCAACACCAACCCGCCGUAAGCUAAAUCUUGAAGAAGACGCGACAAUAGCGCUACGAACACGAUCUAAACUUAGUUUGUCAGCGACAUCUAUUGAGCACAUAGAGAGUACAUUCGUGCCUCCCGAUGAUCUCCCCAUGCCAGCUGUCGACGACCUUUGGAACGAAUUUCUGAGCGAAUGCCUGAACCCAGCCUCGACUUCCAAACAUGAGGAUGAUGAUGAAACGGAUCCAGAGUACAACGUUGCCGCUGAUCCAGAUGCGCAUGACGAAGAUGAAGAAGCAUUAGGAAACAGUUUAAUCAAGAUUUCUAAGAAAGAAUUGAACGAUUUAGUAACAGAAUUAUUUAAUAUAAUUCCUGAAACAGCCACAGACGACGAGCUCCUGGCGGAUAAUCUCGCCGGUGAUGUACUAACGGAACAUAAUCAGACGGAGACAUCAAACCGUUGGGAGGGUAAACAGGAACCUGUGUCCGAUGAAGAACAGAGACAGAGCUUUUCAGACAGAAUAACGUUCGAAAAGAGAGGAUACACAAGACGACUUUCUAUGGGCAAGACUGAACCAUCAGACCCGCCACAAGAAGAGGAGGAAGUAAGAAAUGGAAUUGCGGAGAGAGAACAAGAAAAUACGUCACGGGCCCGUAAGACGCCUCGAAGUGUGGACGUAGCCAUAGAGGAAAGGGAAGAUGAAGAAGAGAGAGAACCUGAUGGAACACAGGGGGCGCCGCCUUCUCUAUUACGAAGAUAUCUGAGCAAAGCCAGGACUGAACGAGUUACUAUCAAAGUUGAUGAAGGAGUGACUGUUCUGCCGGAGCAAAUAGCGAUACUACAGCAACAGUUGCGACAGCAUAUCCAGUUGGCGACUUCGAACUAUUUGCAGUUAUACAUACACCCCGAACACUGGCGCAUGGCGCCACCAUUUAAAGAAUAUUUAGAAACUUUAAGCAAGCUUGGCCAAUCGAAUCCGAAGUCUGUGGUAAACGUGUGCAAUCUGAAACCGGCGCUUGAACUAGCGAACACCUGGGAGAAAACCGUCUCAGUUAACACACCUGAGAACAAACAAAUGGUCGAAUUUAUUAUGAAGGAGUCGGAGAGAUGUCGUCGUCGAUUCUCGCACAAGAGUCUCUACACGGGCGAAUUCCACGACACCUUCAUGGCGGUAGUGGCAAACAGCCCAGUGUUCCUGUACCCAUACUUGCUGCCGCCCAUGCCGUUCCGCUCGGACAACUGCAAGCGAUACGCCUACACUAGAUCUGAAGAUGAGCUAAUAGCGCUUGGGCUUGACCAGUUUUGUGAUUACGUCAGGAGCAACCCCUCCAUCUUCAAGCUACCUCCUACAGUACACCCCAGACAACGACAAGGCUUAACUGUCACUCUGCAGCUGGUUAUGAAAUACAUGUUUCCUUGGAUACCCUACAAAGGAAUGCUCGCACACAUACAGUUUGUUAGAAAAAGUGCGACUGCUUCAGAGAAUCCUAUUUGUAAUUUUUUCAAGAAUAACAUAAUAACGCCAGUUAAACACAAACUGUUACCUUUUAACCCUAAACUGACACUGUACGAACAGCCUGAACAUGAAGUACCUAGGAUUUGGGUCCGAUAUCUUAGUAAAACCAGUAAGAGGUUCCGAAAUCAUCUUCUACGCCGCACUAAUGUCACGGGCUUGGCCCCUGUAGGUGUGGAAGUACAAUUGGGGGAAACGGUCACACAACCCGAAAAAGCACCUUUACCCAUCGACUUUACCAAAGAGAUCGCCAGCAACCGAAUAAAUUUACUCCCUAAAGUAACUCAACCGGCUUUGACAGACAAAUUCGAUAUUCAAAUUGCUAAUACAGUGGCUAAUAAUAACCAAGCACCAAUUUGUAAUUUGUAUAAAUUAGUCGAGACAAGUACUGCGGCUUAUCUUAUGCCCAUGUCAUACGUAACAGUUACAGUGAAUAGCAACAAUGGCCCUAUUACCACUCCUGCGGUACUUACACCAGUAGUCCCUACUAAUGCUCCAGAAAGUUCUAAAGCUGACGUAAUACAUGAAAAUUUAGGAAAUAAAGAACAUUGUUCAUGUUGUAUUUUGUUAAGAAAGAUAUGUAAAGUAAAACAAACUGUGAUAACAGAUUAUUUUAGACGGAAUAAGCCUAGUGUAACUUGCUACUGCAAAGAUAUAAAAUAUCCCAAGAUAUCUAACAGAUUAAAAAUAUUAGUUAGCAAUUAUAAAAAUAGUUCUACGAGCGCAUUAGAAUUCUUGGACGCAAAAUUGAAGAGAUUGAAAAAGAAAGAUAAUGCGAAUGAUGCAGAUGUGACAAACGAAGAUAAUGCAUUUCAUAUGAAUGAUUAUGCUUUCGUAACAUCAUUCCAUCUAAAACUGCUCACACGAAUGACCGCAGCCAGGGAUACUUUAAUCAAAAGGCGAGUACAAACUAUUAUAUCAAAGUUCAACCCCAACGUGGACGAUCCCGUGGUACUAACAAAGAAAUUAAGUGAAGCCUUUCGGGCUGAAUUAAUUGAUAUGUAUAAAGAAUUUUUGUGUUUCCUGACUUCGGAACAAGCGGAUAUAAUUGAGGCGUUUCGGGAUUAUUUCGUUAGAAACUGCGUGCAAGAUUUGCUCGAGAGAAUAGAAAAACAAGUUGCAAGUGCGACAGUGCGACUGAACCUUUUGAAAAAAUUACAUCACAUUUUUUUUAACAAUCUCUUGACGGCUUGUCAAAUUUGUACCAGCUUACUAUCUGCUCUGGAUGGGUAUCCUGAACUUGCUCAAUAUGUGUUCUCAUUGUUUCCACACCGAAAGAAAACUAGGUCUGAUUUAAAAGAGCCUUCAACGAACAAAAGUGGCAACGAAAAACAAGCACAGGCGACGCUGGACCCAGAUCCAGAUGACACAGUGUGUGAUCAGUCUCAUGGGACGAUGGACUACGAAGCUGAUCAUUCCGCAAGUGAAGAAGAAGAUAACGAAAGAACCAAUUUAACGUGUGAGGAUGAAAACAAUCAGCCAAGAAUUUUAAAGAGCGAGAUUACAACUCCUGGCAAUGAAAUACAAUCAGGAAACACGGACCAACGGGAUUUUAUAAACAAUAUGCAGCAAGAUUCUUGUGACUCUUCAAAUGCUUCAAUGACAAUUGUCUUCGAUGAAGAUUCAGUCAAGCCAGAAGCUAUUGAAUGGAAAAGAGAAGAAGAUAAACUAAUCUUAGAAGUACUCAAAGAACAUGUUACUCCAGAAGAGAGGAAAGAUAAAACUAUUAUAGAAAUGCUCAAUGAAAAACAUAUAAUUGAUAUGAUUGCAGAUAGCUUGACAGACAAAUCUAAAACGGAAGUUACUAGUCGAGUAUUGUAUUUAUUAGAAAUGUUAGUUUUAAGUGAGAAAUGA